AGCGAAUCACCACCGGGCGACGUGUACAGCCCAUCUAGCAUCUUCCACCGCCGCCCGCCGUCCCGUCGCAUGCGGCCGACGCCGGCGCUCGCCGCCGGCAGACGGACGGUGGCGAACCUCCUCUCCGCCACGGAGUGGAUGCUACCGUCUCCGGCUAGCCAAGUCCACACCAUCUCCGUCCUUCCCUCCCAGUCACCCACCUCUCGGCACGAGUUCGCCUUCUCCAACCUCACCACAUCGCUCGGGAACGGCGGCGGUAAGGGGGUAGAGGAGGGGAGUCCUAGGUUCCACUUGGUACGCGACGACCUCCUCCACCAGCUCACCAACGGCAACAAGGCGCGCAAGCUCGACGCGCUCCUGCCCCUUCUCCGCCGCCGCGGCGCCACUGAUAUCGUUACCUGCGGGGGUUGCCAGAGCGCCCAUGCCGCAGCCGUUGCUGUUCAUUGUGCCGAACGGGGAAUCAUGUCUCAUAUACUGCUGAGAGGCGAGCAACUCGAUGUUCCCACAGGGUAUAAUCUCAUCUCUUUGAUGUUCGGCAAUGUGACAUAUGCUUCACGGUCACUGUAUGCCCAAAGAGAUGAGAUGCUUUAUGAACAUGCCACAAAGAUUGCAGGUAGUAAUGGCACAGUGAUGUGGGCUGAUGAUAUUAUUGGAGAGGAUUUGGUUGUAGAUGAGGACACCACUUAUUAUGGAAAUUGUUUGAGAAGAGUAAUGAUUGUUAAGGAAGGGGCAGGUAGUGUUCAGGCGCUGCUAGGUGUCAUGCGGCUAGUGGACUAUCUUUCUGGUAUGAUAUUAUUUGGACAGGAUGAGAAUGUUCAUAUCGUGGUAGAUUCUGGAACAGGCACAACAGCUGUGGGGCUAGCUCUUGGAGCGGUAUGUCUAGGACUUCAGUGGAGGGUUACUGCUGUUAUGCUUGCUGACACACUUGAAAGGUAUAGACAACAAGAGAAAUCCCUUCUAUCUGAUUUUGAAAAGCUUUACCCUGGAAUUUUCCACAGAGUGGUGGAAAAUGAUACUCAUGGCAGUCUAGUUCAAUGGGUUGAGCGUUCUUCACCUAGAAGAUGGAAAAUUGCUAAAAGCAAAAAAUGAAAGCGGGCAGUUCGUACACUUGGCAAAGUAUACUUGAAGGUCUUGAGUGCUUCAAGCUUGGGUACAUUUGGCGGGUUGGAGAUGGCACACAAAUAAACAUUUGGGAAGAUAAUUGGAUCCCGGGCAGUCACAACAUGAAGAUACAAACGCCAAGAGGCAAUAAUAUAGUAACAAGAGUUGAUGAUUUAAUCAACCCUGUGGAUUCAACAUGGGAUGCUGAUCUUGUGCAGUCUAUUUUUUGGGGGGUUGAUGCAAGUCGUAUUCUGCAAAUACCAAUUACAUCAGGAAGAGAAGAUUGUGUUGCGUGGCAUUAUAAUAGAAGUGGGAUGUUUUCUGUGAAAUCAGCUUAUCACGGCCAAUGGAAGAGAACAUUUGGAGCAAGGCUCAAUAUGGCACAGGGUGGCAGUGUCAGUAAUGUUCAGGUGUGGAAAAAUUUAUGGAAACUCCAAGUGCCAGGGAAAGUGAAGAUUUUUGGAUGGAGGGCCCUACAGGGGCUCAUACCGUGUAGAGCAAUUCUAGCAAAUAAACACAUCAUUAAUGAAGGAGCUUGUCCUGUGUGUCGCAAUGGGGCAGAAGACAUCAAACACAUUAUGUUCACUUGUGAUCGAGUAAGAGCUGUGUGGAAAUCUAUAGGAGUAUGGGAAAAGAUCAAUUCUCUACUGGAGACCGAUCGGUCUGGCUCUAUUGUGCUAGAAGAGGUGAUCCGAAGGGGAGAGCAAAUACAUGGGCUGGGAAUAGUCUUUGCAGAACUCAUGCUGACGGGAGGUUGGCUCCUUUGGUGGGAAAGAAGGCAAUUUGUACACGGUGAGAACAUCCAAAGCCCAUCAAGAUCAGGCCUCUCAAUUAUUUCUUUGGCAAAGAAUUAUAAACUGGCAACAAAACAAGAAUCAAGGCUUCGUCAAGGCUGGAGGAAGCCCCCUGAGAACUUUCUGAAGCUAAAUAUCGAUGCGUCCUUUGAUGAGGAGAAAGGGUGUGGAAGCACAGGCGCAAUCAUCAGGGAUGAGUUGGGAGGUAUGGUGGCAGCGACAAACACAUAUAUUCCUCAUCUGGUGGAUGCACCAAUGGCCGAAGCAUUUGCUCUAAAGGAGGGGAUCAUGCUAGACCAACAUAUUGGAGGCAACCGUAUUAUUGUUCAGUCUGACUGCAUGGAUAUUGUUGAAAUCAUGAGAAACGGUGGGUUCACAGCUAAUUCAGCGGCUGCGAUUUAUGAUGAAAGCCAUACUGUUUGGUGCGGCUUCCAGGAGAUAUCCAUCGAGCACUGCAACAGGGAUGCAAAUCAGGUGGCGCAUGAACUAGCUAGGCGAGCAUUGUAUACAAAAGAAAACUGUAUCUGGGAUGAUGAUCCCCUAGUUUCAUCUUGGAUGCGAUGUCGAAUGAUGUAACUGCUCUCAAUUAAUAAAGCUCCGCUGUUUGUUCAAAAAAAAAAAAACUCAUCUGCAAUUUGGGAGGUGAGAGAACAUAACAUCAAAAGACCAAAAUGCCCCUAGCUGUGUAAAAGAGCAUUCUGAAGCGGCGGCGGAAGACGGUCGUGGUCUUCUCGCGGUGGUGUCGCGGACUCGCGGGCAGAGGGGUCGCGGCCUCGCGGGUGAACGGCCGGAGGCUCUGAACGAUGGUGGCGUGGUCGCGGACCGGCCGGAGGCUCCUCGCGACGGCGGCGCGGUCGCGGCUUUGCGGGCGAACGGCCGGAGGCUCCGCGCGACGGCGGCGCUGUCACGGCCUCGUGACCUCCUUGCGGGCGAAUAGGCGGAGGCUCUGCGCGGCGGGUCAGCACGGCCGUGGGCGCUGACGCGCGUGGUGUCGCGGAUGGGCGGCGGUGUCGCGGACGCGCGCGGUGGGCGCAUCAAGGCCGGCGGCCUCGCGGACACGAACGGGCGCGCAGGCUCCGCGCGAAGGCCAGCGCCGUCGUGGACACGCGUGGGAGUGCGCGCGAGCUCGGCGUGAAGGCCUGCGGCAUCCCGGAUGCGCGCGCAGCCGAGCAGGUGAAGGGCGGCGGCGUCCGUCGCAGCUCACAGGCUCCUCCACCCCAUGCGAAUGGAUAAGGUCGCAGCAGAACCAAAUGAGGCAAUGAAGCAAGGGACAUUUUAGUCUUUUUAGGUCGUGUCCUCUCAACUUUCAGAUUGCAAAAGAGUUGUUUAAUGAAGCCAAUGUGCCACACACAAAAUUUACCACUCACAGUAUUCUGCAGACUAAAUCAAGGAGGAGUGUGCAGUGCACAAAUUAACAUUUUGAGAGUAUCCUGUAGACAAAAAACCCUUUCUUUAUCAAUGAUUUUGGGCCUACUUGCCUAUGUAAUUUUUGCCUAGUUAUAACUUUUUUUAAAGUUUCAAAAAAAAUUCAACCUUUUUUACCUAACAACCAGUUGCUUACAUAGUUACCCAAGUUCAUUAAACUUUUCCUGUGAGCAGAUGCUGGUCUCGGCCUUUAUACCAUACAUUUUUUUUUCAUUUCCAGAGGGCUUUCUCUGUGUAUGAAAGGGAGAGUUAUGGAAAACUAAUUUCAGACAUUGAAGCAGAGCCCAGUGAAAAGGUACAAGCGAUGUUGAAGUCCUUUCUACACAAUUCGCAAAAAUAUCUACAAGAGGAGAAAGUAGUAGCAUAUGGUCUGGGCAUCUGCAAAAAUAUGGCAGAAACACUAGUUUCCCUGAUAUAUUUAACUUGUUGGCGCACCUUUGUUGAUAAAUAAGAGCACGUUUGCAAGAAAAAAAGUAAGCAAACAGUCAAAAAAGUUUAAUUUGGUCUACAGACA